GCUAAUGAAAAGGCCGCAUCUUCUUCUCCUCCUCCUUCCACCACAACAGCCAAAGCCGUUAUCUACUUGUCCAUACAAAUAGGAAAAAGCCACACCACACACUACCUACCUACUGCUUCUUCAACCGAUCGAUAAUAAUGUCCACUCCUGCUAACGCUGAUGUUCCUUCGCCUUUCACUUUCGCCUCCUUCAAAUCUCCCUUUCCCUCCACUCCAUGGCUGCCCACCAGUCUCCCUUGUCCGUCACUUCAUCCCUAUUUCACCACCGAAACAACCCACGACUCUCUUUCUCGAUCAACCCGCGAUGCUCCUUGAAACGCCCAUCGAAUUUGGCCGCCUCCCAGGUGGCCAUAUCCCUUCACAAUCGGUCGAAUUUUCACAAACACUUGGGCCGCAUUCCGCUCCCUCGCCCUGAUUCCGCGUUCUUGCAAAUGGGUCCUCCUGAAGAACGCUCGAGUCUCCGAACUUCUUUGAUCACCUCCGUCGGUUCUGCUUCAGAUGGCGGCAGUACAGCAUCGCCCACUCUAACUCAGAGCGUGGUUGGGGUUCUGCAUUUGCUUGUUUCGCUUGGGAUAGUUCUGGCCGUUGAUAAGUAUCUGAAGAUGGCGUUCGUGGCUGCUUCUAUCAAGUUCCCCAGUGCGUUGUUUGGGAUGUUCUGCAUAUUCUCGGUUCUCGUCAUUCUCGAUUCUAUUGUUCCUGCUGCUGCCUCCGCUGUGGUGAGCUUCUUCGAGCCUGCGCUUCUCUUCAUCCAAAGAUGGCUUCCGUUGUUCUACGUCCCCUCGCUUGUUGUUCUGCCUCUCUCUGUGAAAGACAUCCCAGCUGCUUCUGGUGCCAAGAUUUGCCUCAUUGUAGCGGUUGGGUGGCUGGCUUCUCUCUGUGUUGCGGGAUUCACUGCCAUUGCUGUGAGGAAAAUGGUUAAAACAGAAAUGACAGAUGCUGAGCCUAUGGCCAAGCCCUCUCCUUUCUCUGCAGUGGAGCUAUGUGUUUGGAUUGGAGUCUUUGUGGCAUCAUUUGGUGCUGCUGUUCUGUAUCCAACUUUGCUGGAAACAAGUGCUAGAACGUGCCUCCCGUUUCUGCUAGCAUCGACAGUUCUAGGAUACAUGAUUGGUUCAGGGUUGCCUGCUGGUCUGAAGAAAGUUUUCCAUCCGAUCAUCUGCUGUGCACUAUCUGCAGAUUUGGCAGCAUUUGCUUACGGUUAUGUCUCCAAAUGUGGACUUGAUCCUGUUUUAGGAUAUUACCUUACGAAGGCAGCAACUAAUCCUGGAGCUGGAGAUGUACUGAUGGGAUUUUUGGGAUCUGUUAUUCUUUCUUUUGCUUUCUCCAUGUUCAAACAGAGGAAGCUUGUCAAGAGACAUGCAGCAGAAAUCUUCACCUCUGUCAUCAUUGCGACCCUGUUCUCAUUGUAUUCAACAGCUUUUGCUGGGCGUCUUCUCCAACUAGAACCCACUUUGACCAUCUCAAUUCUUCCUAGAUGCAUUACUGUGGCAUUGGCCCUCAGCAUAGUUUCACUGUUUGAAGGAGCCAAUUCAUCUCUAACAGCAGCAGUGGUUGUAGUAACUGGUCUUAUUGGAGCAAACUUCGUGCAAGCAGCACUUGAUAAACUGCAGUUUCGUGAUCCCAUCGCUCGAGGAAUUGCCACUGCUUCCAGUGCUCAUGGACUGGGAACAGCAGCAUUGUCAGCCAAGGAACCCGAGGCACUCCCCUUCUGUGCUAUUGCAUAUGCUCUCACUGGGAUAUUUGGUUCCAUAUUUUGCUCCAUUCCCGUGGUGAGGCAAAGCUUGCUCGCAAUUGUUGGCUGAAGAUAUUAUUCUCUGAAUUUCAAUAUUGCGUAUGUACAAAGAGAGGGGAGAGAGCAGAGUUAUAGGAGCUGGACAUAAUGGAAAGGCCCUCAUUUUUCCUGUAUGAUCUAUCCAAUUCAUAUAUUGCCCUUCUUUUCUUCAUUCUAUUAAAAAGGAAUCUGAUUAUGUAAAAGACAGAUUGAAAGAAAAGAGGAAAUGGUUGCCCAU